UUUUUGGCAUAUCGAUGAUAUUAUUUGGAAUGUUAAUAUGAGUGAACGAGUAGAUCAAUCGUUUGAUUCAGGUGCGCAAGAGACUGAGAGUGGUAGUUCUAACCAGUUACCCAGUACUUAUUAUUCAACUAGAAAUAGCUUCUGUUAUGAUUUUAAUAAUUCAACUUAUAAAGAAAAUGAUGAUAUUUUUUCUUUAAAUUGUACACCUACAAACGGUAAUCACAGGAUGAGGAAUGAAACGGAGGAAACAAUAUUAGGCGGAUCCUGUGAUGAACUUGGAAAAUCACUCAAUAGACAAUCUUGCGUGCUUUCAUUUUACGACGCUGUGUCCAGUUUGUAUUUUCGCGAUGGCAUUCGUUCGAUCGACUUUGUUAUCGUUUGGGAUGAGUUUGAUCAAGAAGCAUCGACAUACAGAUGUAACGAAAUGAGAAAGACUUUUGAAAGUAAUUUACAAAAAGAAGGACUACAUUUAGAAUACGAGUGCGAUGAAUUUAACGGUUUGCAUUUUAUUAAAAUUUCAACUCCUCGAGAAGUUUUAAGAAGAUAUUCAGAAAUUUUAAAGCUCAGAAUGCCAAUGAAAGAGGUGAAAGGACUGAAGAUACCACCAGCUCGCCAAAAUCUAUUUCUACAAGAAGUAAAUUCAUUCUUUAAAAAAAUCGUGAAUCGAUAUUACGUUAAUCCGGUAAUUUUUCCACCCAUGAAACAUAAAUUUACAGCUGUCUACAGUCGCGAUAAAGAGUAUUUAUUUGACAUCGAUUCACCUGACUUUUUUACGCCCGCAACUCGUUCGAGAAUAGUGCAAUUUGUAUUGGACAGAACAAGGUUUACCGUGGAUAAAGAGGAUGAUUUUGCAUUUGGAAUCGAGAGGCUUACAGCCGAGAAAGCAUACUCUGCUGCAUAUCCAUUACACGAUGGUACUUUAAAAACUACCGACUCAAUGCGUUACCUCUUAUAUACAGAAUGGGCAAGUGUAAAAAAGAUCUUUCACUAUCAACCGCUGGAUUACAUAAAAGAAUACUUUGGAGUGAAAAUUGGAUUGUAUUUUGCAUGGUUAGGAUUUUAUACACACAUGCUAUUCCCAGCUAGUAUUGUUGGAUUAUUAUGUUUCGCUUACAGUUGGUUUACUUUGUAUUCCAACGAGCCUAGUAAAGACGUUUGCACAUCCAACUAUACGAUGUGUGCCCUGUGCGAUCACUUUUGUGGAACCUGGAAUCUAAGAGAUACUUGCUUCCAUUCUAGGGUCACUUAUUUAUUCGAUAACCCUUCGACUGUUUUCUUCGCUGUUUUCAUGUCAUUAUGGGCGACUCUUUUUCUGGAGUUGUGGAAAAAUUAUUCAGCCGAGAUAACGCACAAGUGGGAUUUGACUAGUCUAGAUAUUCAGGAAGAACAUCCAAGACCAAAAUACUUGGCAAGGUUGGCCCAUGUUAAGAAAAAGUCUCUUAAUUUUGUAACAAACACCGUGGAACCACGAGUACCAUUUUGGAAAGUACGAUUACCAGCCACUAUUUUUAGUUGCUCGGUCGUGUUACUUCUUAUUAUUGUAGCGAUGGCUGCUGUACUAGGAGUUGUUUUAUACAGAAUGUCCCUUUUAACGGCUCUCUAUGGUUUUUCAAAUAAUUCCAUGGUAACAAGCUACGCUAUACUUUUGACAACCGCAACAGCUGCUGCUAUCAAUUUAUGUUGCAUUGUAGUUUUUAAUUGGAUUUACAUUUGGCUCGCGGAGUAUCUGACAGAGGUAGAGCUUCCUCGCACGCAAACUGAAUUUGACGACAGUCUUACGUUAAAAAUUUACCUAUUAGAGUUCGUGAACUAUUACGCAUCGAUUUUUUACAUUGCGUUUUUUAAAGGUAAAUUUAUUGGAUAUCCGGGUAAUUAUAAUCGCUUUUUUAAUUCGCGACAGGAGGAGUGUGGCCCAGGUGGUUGUUUAUUAGAAUUGUGCAUACAACUUGGUAUAAUAAUGAUUGGAAAGCAGGCCGUGAAUUCGAUAUUAGAAAUGUUAUUUCCCUUAUUUUACAAGUGGCUCAAUACAAUUAGGGUUCACGUUGGACUGCAGAAAACACCAACCGAAGGCAGAAAUCUCUCCAGAAUGCAUUUGCAAUGGGUCAGAGAUUAUAAGCUCGUGCAAUGGGGCCCCAGAAGUUUAUUUCCAGAAUAUUUAGAAAUGGUUUUGCAAUAUGGUUUUGUAACUAUUUUUGUUGCCGCAUUUCCACUUGCGCCACUUUUUGCUCUAAUUAAUAAUGUUUUUGAAAUGCGAUUAGAUGCAAAGAAGUUGCUUACGUUGUAUCGCCGCCCAGUUAGUCAGAGAGUGAGAAAUAUCGGAGUGUGGUAUCGAAUUCUAGACUCAAUAUCAAAAUUCUCUGUCAUUACUAAUGCUUUCAUAAUUGCAUUCACUUCGAACUUCAUUCCAAAACUUGUCUAUCAACUUGUCGUUUCAGAUGAUCAUACCCUUAAAGGAUAUUUAGAAAAUGCACUUUCCAAAUUCAAUACCAGCCAUGAUCCACAAAAUUAUGUAAACAUAACAAUUUGUCGAUAUCCCGAUUACAGAGAGCCGCCUGAUUCGCCCGAUAAAUAUAAUUAUACAGAUUUAUUUUGGCAUAUUCUUGCGGCACGAUUAGCUUUUGUCGUCGUAUUCGAGAAUGUCGUGGCUUUAGUUAUAAUUAUCGUUCGAUGGUGUAUUCCGGACAUGAGUCCAAAGCUUCGGGAUAAAAUACGCAGAGAAGCAUACAUAACUAAUGAAAUUAUUAUACAACACGAAGCACAGCGAGUUAGUAAAUUAUCAUCUAAUGAACUUAUCCGAACAGAAGAACAUGAUUUAGAAUUAGAUAAUGCAAAUCACUGGAGUCGAGUGUUAGAAAGUUCUUUGACGCCGUAUGACUUUGACCUUGAAGUUCAUGGCAGUCCAAUGUCUCCAGCAAUGGGUACUUCGAGUAUGGGACCCGUUGAACUUUAGAAUCUCAAAAUAACAAUACAUUUAAUUAUUUAUAUGUGAAACGUAUUUUUAAUUACGUUACUUUCCACUAAUUCGUUUUCAAUGAUUCAUUUAUUUCCGACAACUUAUGUUAUACAUUUUCUCGUACUUCGUAAUGUAUAAAAAUAGGUAAAUAGUUUGAAAAUAAUUGCCAAGUAAAUG